UCUCUCUAAUUCAUCACACAAACACAAUGGAUUCUUCAUCAGGAACUGUUACUCAGCAUGGCAAGGUUGUUGUUCCAAAACAAUGUGACACCUUUCCUUCAGGAAAGUACCCUUCUUCUCGCAGGACUCAUUCCUUCUCUUCCUCUUGUUCAUCACUUUCACCCUCUUCUUCAUCCAUUGAAUCAUUCUAUUUCCAUGAUGAUCCACUCCUUAGUCCUGCUUCCCCUCUUAGAUUCUCAGGUGUUCCAUUUUCUUGGGAACAUCUACCAGGAAUUCCCAAGAAACAAAAUUCCAAGAAGCUCCAAGAAUCAUCCUUGAAACUACUACCAUUACCCCCUCCAACUACCACGCACUCUUCUACAAAGAUGACUCAUGAAGAACCAAGGACUAGGAAGAAAAAUUCAAUACAAAGUGUUUUUCAAAGGGAUCCUUUCUUUGCUGCAUUGGUUGAAUGUUCAAAGGAUGAUCAUGAAGAAACAAGUGGAAAUUUAUGGAAUGGAACAAAGGUGUCAAGGAGUAUUAGUGAUCGUUUUGGGUUUAUUAGCCUUUAUGCUUCUUGCAAGAGAACUUGUGCUGUUUCUGAAUCUAUAGUCUACCUUCCAAGCUCAAGAAGAAGCACCUAUGAACAUGUUAAUCCCAGGUCCCUCUAAGCUUGUGAUGCCUAGCUUUCAAUCUACUUGUGUUCAUGUUGUUAUGAGAAAAACAAGAAUGAGGUAUUUCAUUCCCUUUUUUACUUUUAACCUUUUUAAACCUUCAUCUUUGUUUUUAGUUUCUAAAAUAUGGCAUGUGAAGACAAAUAUGUCUUUGGAAACUUAAGUUAUUGUAAUAUGUUAAUACAAGUAUAGGAAACAGUGCUUGUCUCCUUUUGCUCAGAGAUCACUGAUCACUGAUACUGUUUCUAAUUUUUAAUCAUUUUUGUUUUUGGUUUUCUGGCACUAAACACACAAAUCUCUAAACACAAUAUAUACGGUCUUUGCUGUAUCUCAUGUGAUA